AUGAAAGCGGCAGCUUCAGAGUCGCUUCCUCCGCUCGCGAGGAAUAGCCACGCGAUGCACUGCAAGCUGUGUCUCUCCGGUCUGCCCUUCUCACAGGUGGAGAUGGAUUCAUCCCGUAUUGCACUAGGGUUUUAUUGCCUCGGCACGUUGGAUUUGCUAGGUGUCCUUGAGACCAAGACUACCCCUUCAGAGCGCGAGGCGUGGAGAAACUGGCUAUGGGAGCAGCAAACACACGGAAGAUAUGGCAGCGGCUUCAAGCCUAGCCCUUACAUGACUUCUGAUAUUCUGUUGGACGAGGAAUCUGAAUUCGACACACCGCAUUUGAUCAUGACAUAUACUGCUUUAAUGUCGUUAGCCAUCCUACGGGACGACUUCUCUAAGUUGGACCGACCGGGGAUCCUCAAGUUUCUCCGGUCAUGUCAGAGGGGGGAUGGCAGUUUCUCCGCUUCUCCAAACGGAGGCGAAGCAGAUUUACGAAUCGUUUAUUGCGCAUUUGUGAUCAGCAGCCUCCUCGAUGAUUGGUCCGGGAUGAACGUCGACGCUGCCAUCGCAUAUGUCCAGAGAUGUAGCAGCUACGAAGGCGGUUAUGGCCAGACACCCUUCGGCGAAGCGUUAGGUGGGACCACAUACUGUGCCGUAGCUUCAUUAUACCUCGCACCAUCGACACCUUUGUCUCCCAUUGAACACCGCCUCUCGUCCUCCGAGCGUUCGCGAAUUAUACGUUGGCUAGUUCAGAAACAGACAUCUUUAGGCGGCUUUAGUGGACGUACAGCCAAAGCCGCUGAUGCUUGUUAUUGCUUCUGGUGUGGCGCUGCACUCAAUAUUCUUGGCGCAGGUGAUCUCGUCGACUCCGCGGCAUUAGCGUCUUUCCUGGGCAAGUGCCAGUAUCAGUUCGGUGGGAUAUCGAAGGCACCGUCAGAACGAGCAGAUCCAUAUCACACGUACCUAUCCUUGGCGGCUCUUGCAAUCUACAAGCCCAAAGGUACGAAUGAAAGCUGGGAACUGCCACAAGUGGACGUAUUGCGGAAUGCAACAGUUGAUACCGCUCUCUGGGCGCGAAACCGCAUUCGGGCUGGGGAGGUGUAA